AGUUCUUCGAUGCAGUUACUUCUAGUGGAACCAUGGUCGUGGCUUCUAAGAUGAACAAAAACAAGUCCCCAUCUUCAUGUGGUGAUGUUUUCGCUUCUGCAAAUCAGGGAACUAUAACAGGAGGCUUGCUAGAUCCAGCGCGAAAUGGAGGACAGCGACAGGUGCAAGAACAGGGACUAGAAGAACGAGGUAAGCCAGCGAAAGCGAUACUCGACAAGAACCUCAAGCCGAAACUGUUGCGAGAUUUGGUGGACACUAUGCUUGAACGUUGGACAUUGGAGGAUGAAUUAUUGCCGCACGAGGU